UUUCCGUUGGGACCCGCACUAUUGUGAAUGCAACAACUUCGCUUUCAAGCUUAAUCUCUCUCUCUCUCUCUCUCUCUUAGAUUUUCUUUGCGAGAAUUUUCGAGUAGUUGAAGCAUAACGCCAGUAAAAGUUGUUCUCCUCUGCUUCUUCUUUAUUCUCUCUCUCAAGUGGAUGUUUAUGCAGAAUGGAGAGAGCUUUUGACUCAUAAAUGGGGGCUUGUGUUUCAGUUCGUAAAGAAUCUUCGGAUUCGAGCAAGAAGCAGUUCAGACUAUCGGUCGUCUCUAAGACUGAUAAGCUUGUGAUUCCGUCGCCUGUCGACGACAAGGCCGUCUUCCACGCUGGCGGUCCGAUCUCCGGUCUCAAGUCCCAGUGGUCACCGUCUCGUCCGGUGACUACUCUUCGUGAUUUUGGUAGUAAAGAAGAGGCAUUUUUUGAUUCUCGACCCUGGCUAGAUUCAGACACCGAAGAUGAUUUCUUGAGCGUUAAUGGCGAUUUUACCCCAUCUCGUGGUAGUACUCCAAUCCACCCAAGCUUAUUAUCAGUGGGGAUCCCACGGGGGCCCAUUACAGACCUUUUGAAUGAGAAAACACCCGGUACCAUAGCAGAAUCAUCCCCAGGAGAGAAAAAAAAGAGAUUGGCUGAACUUUUCCAGGAGAGCUUAGGACGCGACCAAGAUUUUGAUUUCCAGAACACAUCAGCAUCAGCUAACCAAAACGGUAUGAAUGGAGAUAUUGAAAAUAGGAGUACUAUACGCAGCAUACUGCCAAGAUCCAGAGAUGGUACCCCUUUUGUCUCCGGGACCAACUCUAUGUGCAGCAGUGAAAGAACUCCCAAUGAUGAUAGCAGCAGCAGACCGGAGGAGGAGAAGUCGACGAAGUCUGUCCACUGCUGUCUCCCAAGGAUGCUCUCAAGUCGCAUCGCCCGGGAAAGGAAGGAGAGGAUGAGCCCUGCCCCUGCCCCUAGCACCGGGUAAGUUACCUCAACGCUAAAGAGAUCAGUGCCUAGCACCAGUAAGGUUUUUUGUACUCGCAACGACCUCAACGCCAAUCUCCCUCCCUCCCUCCCUCCCUUCUUCUCAGAGUAGAAGAAGCUGUAGUUAUGUAUGCAUGUGCAGUUCCAUAUUUAAUCAAAAGUUGAUCAAUAAAAGUAGGGAUAAUACUUAAACUGCA